UGUUCUUUGGACUUUUAUAAUUAUUUUGAGGUUAGUUAGCUGCAUCAAUUUUUUUACUGAUUAUACGUUUUUAGAAUCGUAGUAUAUAUUGUUUAAUUAUUUCGGCAAAGGAGUUUCUUAAUAAUGGAUAAACCAGUAGUAUUAUCUAGAGUUUUGAAGGUAUUAGGACGGACAGGAUCGCAAGGUCAGUGUACUCAAGUUAAAGUGGAGUUCAUUGGUGAACAAAACCGUCAAAUCAUUAGAAACGUAAAGGGACCUGUUCGAGAAGGCGAUAUACUUACCCUUCUUGAAUCUGAGAGAGAAGCCAGAAGACUUAGAUGAUGUUUUUAAAAUACAUGUUCCUUCUGAAGAACAUUUAAGAAGAAUACAAACAUAGACACUUGAAUAUGUAAUUAAAUAUACAAGUUGGCACAAUAAAGAAAAUUGUUGCAUUAUAA